ACAGGAAGCUGUCACAGAAAACGGACUUUGAGCUUCCUCAGCUACAGCCAGGCAAAGAGACCAAACAGCCGACUUGAUUUUAUAGCACAUGUUACGUUUGAAACUGGUUAAGUAACUUUACGACGCUCCCUAAUAACCACUUCCACCACGACCUUUGCCCUUCGUCACGCUGCUCGCUGCCGUAACUGUAGCAUGCAGUGGGUAAUAACAGGAGGACUGUACAGGCAGAGUCACAUUAUCAAAGACGUGCUCAGACAUUUACCGAGGUUUACAGCUCGUAGGAACAUGUCGUCGUCUUCGGCGAAGCGGCCGGUUUCCUUACUGGGAACUAUGGCGUUCGGCGGCCGAGCGGACGCCGAGCAGAGCCUGGAGAUGGUGCAGGCUUUCCUGGACCGGGGACACAAACACCUGGACACAGCCUUCAUGUACAUGGAUGGGAAGUCAGAGACCGUCAUAGGGGGCAUGAAUCUUCCGAAAACAGUCAGCAUCGCCACCAAGGCCAACCCCUGGGAUGGGAAGACGCUGAAGCCGGAGAGCGUGCGGUCCCAGCUGGAAACCUCCCUUCAGAGGCUGCGGACCGACUGUGUGGACCUUUUCUACCUCCACGCCCCCGACCACCAAAACCCCAUCCAGGAUACUCUCAGGGCCUGCAACGACCUCCACAAAGAGGGAAAAUUCAAGGAGUUUGGCCUAUCAAACUAUGCAUCAUGGGAAGUGGCUGAAAUCGUGACCAUCUGUAGACACAACAACUGGAUCGCUCCCACAGUUUAUCAGGGGAUGUACAAUGCCACUACAAGACAGGUUGAGACAGAGUUGCUUCCAUGUCUGAGAUACUUCGGGAUGAGAUUCUACGCAUACAACCCUCUAGCAGGUGGCCUCCUGACAGGGAAAUAUCAUUACCAAGACAAAGAUGGUUCCCAGCCUGCAGGACGAUUCUUUGGUAACAGCUGGGCUGCAGCAUAUCGGGACAGAUACUGGAAGCAAAGUCAUUUCGAGGCCAUAGAUCUAGUUCUAAAGGCCUUGGAGACGGUGUAUGGCUCAGAAAAACCCAGCAUGACUUCUGCUGCUAUGCGCUGGAUGUACCAUCACUCCCAACUUAAGGGUGAUCUUGGAGAUGGAGUUAUCAUCGGCAUGUCGAGCAUGGAGCAACUUAAGCAGAACCUGGCUGCUGCAGAGGAGGGUCCUCUGGAUGAGAGAGUGGUCGCUGCCUUCAAUGAAGCCUGGAAUCUUGUAGCCCACGAGUGUCCAAACUACUUCAGAUGAGGACCCCCCUUUUUUCCAUAGAGCCAAACUAAAUAUCAUUCGAGCUUUUUCUUCCAGAAAUUAGAUCCACUAAUCUUCCUUAGUUACUUAACUACUUUUUUUUCCCCCUGAAAUCACACUUAAAAUUUGUCAUUUCUUUUGAACAGAUCAAUCGGAGACCAUUAAGUAUUAAUUUGUAAGAACACUUCAUUGUUAAUGUAUAAAAUGUAAAGAUGACAAGAUAUUUUUUCAGGGAGAAACAACCUUUUCUGGAGCCUGCCUUAAUUAAACUGUUACAUUAAAAAGGAAACAAAUGUU